AUGCAUUCUCAUCUCCACACCCAGGACAACGUUGGCUGCGAAGAGAUCAUGAACGCUCUCGACGAAUGCCAUGCCAGAGGCUUCCUCUACAAAGCCGUUGGCGGCUGCAAUGAUAUCAAGCGAGAAGUAAACAAAUGCUUGUCGGGAGCGCGAGCGCAAAAAAGCGGCAAGAACCGAGAAACUGGCCUGCAGCGGCGGCAACGGAUAGAAGCUGUCUGGGCUAAAAUGGACGAGGGAGACUACACUGCUUUGGAGGAGUUCACCAAGCGCAAGUAA